AUGGAGGGAGAGCGUGGCCGCAAUAGCCAAAACCAAAAGUUGGGGCUGGAACUGGUUCAUGAUGACGGGCGACCCAUCGCCUCAUGUCCGAUUGACAUGAAUGAACUGCUGAAGAAGAUGGGGAAAACAGUAGAGGUGAAGGAGGGCGUUCGCGUCCGUUUGGAGGAAUAUAACGAAGAUGAGGGUCUUUACUACUCUGAAGACAGCUGGUCCGAGGAAAGUGAGGAAGAAUCUCAAAGCGAGGAAAAUGAUAGUGCGGAGGACAUUGCGGAAACACCUCCUCCAGGGUGUCGCAGAGUGGAAGAUUGGAACAGUGCUGUUAGGGCAACACAGCGAGGAGAAAAGCCACCGAUGGUGCAAGCAUCCGGAAUUCUUUCACGGUCCCCCAAACACGUCAAAGAGAAGGGUACAGCAGAUAUCAAAGCAGGACAGAUUCCACGUCGGGAGUUAUGGGUUUCACGAGCGCCACCCGCAGAUACCGAAAGAACGUACAAGCGGCUCCAGACAGUACGACUCAUGCCCUGUCCAACAUCGCGUCGCUUUUGCCUUCCACCACUGACGUUUCACGCCGCAGCAUCUUAUACAGGGAACGCCGCCCGUGGCCCACGAAUGCUUGUGUACGGCGGCACAACAAACCUCGGCAAAACUACCGAGAACGAGCUGUACGAGUUCUCGCUAUUGUCUGGUGAUUGGCGUCGGGUGGAGGGAAAGCAGUCCCACUCUCCUGGCGUGUACGGGCAUACCGCUGUUGUGUUGAAGAAGCAUCGGCGUGUCGUCUUGACGGGAGGCGUAGGCUAUGGUGGCGUCCCUCCCGAGCCUUUGGAGUCCCUUACGGACGACUACCGCAGAGCGCGCUUUCAUCUCCUUUUCCCCCAUAAAGAACCUAUUCAAUCCAACGCGCAAGCAAUACCGGAAACCGUGGCCAAUACGGAGUUGCCAACGUUGUGGACUCUAGCCCACGCAGCGGAGUCGGUACCAACCUUUGGUUUUCUACCGGUGAUAUUUGACGUGGACCUGAGAACCCGCAGGUGGCGCACUAUCGAGACAAGCCCUAAACUUCCUGUCGUCUUCCAUAGUGCCGUUGCUAUCGGGACCAGGCUAUACAUCUUUGGGGGUAUGAAUACCCAUCUUCAGGUUUCUUCACAGUUGAUCCUUGUUGAUGGUGAGACCUAUAAGAUUUCUCUUAUUCCCCCAUCCACCGACCCACCCAAAGCUCGCUUCCUACACUCCGCUGUCGUUUACGCUCAUUGGAUGAUUAUUUAUGGUGGGUUCGAUGCCCACAACCAACCGUUAGACGAUGCGUGGGCCUUUGAUACGGUAAAUGAGCGUUGGGAACAGCUUCAUUGCCACGGGUCGCAUGCCCGUGGUGCUCACGCUGCGUGUGUUGUGGGUUCGCGGCUAAUUGUAGUGGGAGGCUUCGACAGCAGUUUUGAUGGUGAUGAGGCUCCCGCCAGCACUUGCCUUGAGCUCAACCUUAUUCCAAAUCAUGAGGAUAAACAUUUAUGGAGACCUCUCCCUUUGCAUCCGACGGUUCCACCCGUGGCGUUUGCAGCGGUGUGCCCGUGUGGAGACGACGCAUCUUUCCUUCUUUAUGGCGGCUGCAUAGCUGCCAAAAAAGGAGAUGACUCCAAAAAGGCACAAGGAGGCGGAGGAAAGUCACCAGGGCGUGGAAGGCAUACGAAUAGCGGGCAUACUGGCUAUAGCGACUGCAUAGGUGACGACGGCGACAAUUUAACUAUCUGGAAGCGGCUCGUCCCAUCGAAUGAAGGUUUCCUCCUCACGUUUCCUGUGAAGCGCCCAGAAAAGAACAAUGAAGGAGACGCUGAGCCCCGUUACAACGCGCUGGGGGUGGAAAUUGAUCCUGAUGAGGUACCGGCGGAGUUUCUGGCGUUUGUGAAGCGGCAACAUGAUUUCCUCCUGAAGAAAACCGGGAACGUUGAACAGACAAUGAAGAAGAUAUUCCUUGAAGAGCGCGAAAGCAUGGAGCCACAUCUUUACCUCACCCCUGAUGAGGUAGAAAGGCUGAUAGAAGAGAGUGAGGAGUUAUGCACGCGGUUUAGUGAGUAUAAGAUGGAGGAACUUCCACCUCACGUGCCCGAAAGGCAGCUUCGGUUGCACCUCAAUGAAGAAUGUGUUUCACUCAGCCGGCAAGUGAGAGACGUAAUAAAGUCCAUGAAGGGGAACCCCGCUGCCGCCGCUGCUGUGAAGUCAAAGACUCAUCGGUUUAAAGUAGGACAGAAGUUCGAGAGUCACUCAGCGCCGAAACCAUUCCGUCGUGUUGUUAUCAUGUCACUCAUGAAAGAAAUAAAAAGAAAUAUCAAGCGGGUGCUCUUAUCCAACAAGGCUCUGAAGACAGUAGAGUGGCCAAACAAGGCAGAGUACCUUGAAGCUAUUCGAAGAAUGCAGGAGACAGCGGAUACUUUUCUUCUUUCCGUGAAGGAGAUUCUCGACGUUUACAUUGAGAAACGUGUGGAUUCGCUAGUCAGCGCGAUUGACACUCGUAAGAACAAGUUGAAGCGGUUGACAGAAGCCGUGGAGCGAAGCCGGCAAAGUUUUCCCGUUCACCCUCUGGAUAUUGUGGCAAGGGUGGGAGGGAGAGGGGGUCGGUCCUCUCCAUCUCCGCAAUCCAUUAGCAGCCGUGCAAGGUCUCGCUCUCCGAGCGCAAGACACUUUAAAGGUGGCGAAGAAGCAACGCAUACACUAAAUAAAGGAGAAGUUGGUGUUCUACUUAACAAGGCUUCUGCUGUGAGGACGAAUGCUUCCCUAUUCGGUGAGAGCUGUCAGUCAAUGAUACCACCGGCACCCAAGCAGGUGGCUACUGCGCUUCUAGUGCCCGGUAUGACUCCUCCACCGGAAGGGGAAGAUGCAGCAGCUUCCAGAGAAACUGUGUGGCAUACAGCCUGCGGUCAGGUUCAACAAAUUGUGAAGUGCGUCGAUAGGUUCAUUGAAGGUAUUCGAGCCUCGCAAUUAGAGCAGAAACCACUGAACGAGGCAGGAGAUGGCACAGAGGAGGGUUCAUAUAGAGUGAACCUGGCCCUUGCAACAGUUUGGCCGUUGGAAACAUGCAAGGACAAACUUGAUGAAUUAAAAAAGGGCAUGCCCGAGGUCCGCAAUCCCUCACCUGCAGCUGGGGGUGAUGAGGCUGCAAAGCUAAAGAAAACGCAACAACAUUAUACUCGGCUUUCAAAGAGCCUUACUGCUCUCGUGCAGAGUGUCAAAAUGAGUAUUCUCAGUAGAGCCGGGGCGAAACCACCGCCAGCAGUUCACAUCACCUCGCGGGAUGUUGUGGCAGCCAGUCCUUCAUCAAAGGGAAGGGCAUGGAGACCCCCACAAUCCAGACGGCAAAGGUCCACUAUAGAGGUGCUGGACUUACAUGCUGAUGACGCCACAGAGCCUGAAGGAUAUUCGCCCACUGCUGAGGAAGAGCAGCGUCAUUGUCACGCUGUACUUUCACCACUUAGCCCCAAGCUCGUUCCGAUCGAAGAUUUAUUUGCCUCACCGAGGACCGCACCUGCCGUGGAGGCCCCUAAUCGGAUACCGAUAACUUCCAGGGAGGCUGCCGCGCUCGUGUCAGCACCCCAAGCGGCGGUUGCUGCAACGGGUGAAUGUGUUAUUGUACCUUCCAAGAAGGAUGUUAGGGUGGUGAAAAACUCAUCGUCGGCAUCACUGCUUUUUCAUGAAGGUGAUGACACCAGCGCUGCGAUGCACUCCCGCCUCUUUCCCCCUCAGGCAUACCACGACUAUUAUGCGGCGGCGGCGACGCCACAACAACCGACGUGCAUUGCUGUUUCCAACGGGCCGAAGAUGGUAGCAGCUGGAGAAAAUCGCAGCUCCGAUGCGGUGAUAUCACUUAUAGACGUUUUCGACGGUGUACAUCCGGUGACAGUGACUGACGAAGGGAAACAAGACUUAAAGGCGAUGGUGAGUGUUACCCCAGGGUUCUUCCACGCGCACCCUUCUGCGGUUGACACGGGUACAUCCGAGACAUCCGAUCAUGUCAAAUACUGUGACUCUCCGAUGCUUGAGGAUGAUUACUUUUUCUUUGGUCGCCGUCUUGAGUCCAGUUGUUUGCCUACGGGCCCCGUCCAACCCCUUUCUACACCCAGUGCUAAGGGCACUACGAGGAAAAAGACUCAGAAGAGAGAACCAUCAGUUAAACUGGCAGCCAAAAGCAGGACACGUGACACUAAAUCAUCCCCUCACUGCCUGUCGUUUUCAGCAACCCCUCUUCGUGACAGCAAGCGCCGCUCAGUUUCACGAGGAGAGCGCGCAGUCCGUCAGUUGAUGGAGCCCGACUCUUUUGCUCGAGGCGGCGGUGGCGGUCCCUUACGCGGGAAGUUAACACCUGGAGAAGCACGAAUCGCGGAGGCGAGGAAACGUGGCAGCCUCAUGUCUGGUAGUUAG